AUCGCUUGAAUCGGGUUCGACUACUUAUGCCUUAGAAUGAGUUUCGCGCUAGUACAAUAUGGCCACGAAGUAAGAAAUCUACGCUCCUCCCUGCGCAACAUAAUUAAUUCUAUGUAAUAACACAGAGACACAACAUAUACUAAACGACAUGGGAUUAACGCAAAGUUCUGGUGUGCCAGAGGGUGGGACGGAUGGAUACCAUGUUCAUGGGAUCCAACAGGAUUCCCCAGCAGAGACAGCUGGUUUGGAACCCUUCUUUGAUUUCAUCUUAUCUAUUGGCAACACCCGACUAAACCAAGAAAACGAAAUGCUGAAAGACCUGCUGAAGGCCAAUGUGGAGAAGCCUGUCAGGAUGGAGGUGUACAGCACCAAGUCCAUGAAGGUCCGCGAGCUGGAGGUGGUCCCCAGCAACAUGUGGGGUGGACAGGGUCUGCUGGGGGCCAGCGUCAGGUUCUGCAGCUUCCAAGGAGCCAAUGAAAACGUUUGGCAUGUCCUGGAUGUGGACGCAAACUCCCCAGCAGCAUUAGCUGGUCUGCUGCCUCACUCCGAUUAUAUUGUUGGUGCAGACCAAGUCUUGCAAGAUUCUGAAGACUUCUUCUCCUUGAUUGAGGCUCACGAGGGGAAGCCCUUGAAACUGCUAGUGUACCACAUCGAGACCGACGCCUGCAGGGAAGUGGUGGUCACGCCUAACGGAGCCUGGGGAGGAGAGGGCAGUCUAGGUUGUGGCAUUGGAUAUGGCUACCUGCAUCGGAUCCCCGCUCGUCCAGGCAGCCCACAGGCUCCAGCAGCCGCCCCGUCUGCGGAGGAGACGCCGCCUGCGGAGGAGACACCGCCUGCUGAUGUUCCCACCAACGGAUACACAGAGGUCCCUCUGAUGGCAGCCUCUGGCUUGUCGGACAAGUCUGAGGACCGCAGCUACGCUGACCAAGACACACCACUGCCCCCGCCUAUUCAGAGGGUCAUGGAUCCAGGGUUUUCAGACCAAUCAGAGGCAGCCUUGAUGAACUCAGAAGUGUCGGACGUGGCCGAUCGUCUGGACCUGUCGGUGUCUUCCAUUGACAUGACCAACACCUCACUAUUUGUGCACGAGGAGAAGGACAGCGACAUAUCUGGCAUAGAGGAGCUGAGCGAUGCUGAGGUUCCAGCCCCAGCCCCUGCCCCAGAGAGCGAAAUGGACACGCAGCCCCAGGAGCCGAGCCCAGAACCAGAACCAGAACAAGAACCAGAACCAGAACCAAUACCAGAUAUCAUCUCCCUCUCACCCGUUGAGCCCCGGCCCCAACCCGAGGAGACUACAGAUCCCAUCAGCCCCUCCCCUCCCCCCCCUCAGUCCCCCCUCCCCUCCUUCUGGCUUCUCCCCUCUGCCUCUGGACCCCUCCGUCCCGUUUGUUGACAUCGCCGCUCUGCUGAGCGACCCCUCUCUGUCGCCCGAGGUCCCACCCAUAGACAUCUCCUCCCUCCUGAUCGACCCCGCUGCUCUGCCUCUGGAGGCCGCCGCCGCCGCCGCCCCGCCCACUCAGACUCCUCCACUGCUAUUGGACAUCGCAGCGGAUCAGCCAAUCAGAGAGCCUGCCGCAGGCGACGCCCAGCCUGAAGCGGACAGCUCGCAGGAGACGCUACCUGACCCAGUGUCCCUGGGUCCACUGGAGGGGGAGGUUAGUGCGGAGACCAAAGAGACGGAUUCUGCUGCUCAGUAGAGUCAACCGUCACCUAUCGCUGCCAAACCUCCCUUGCAUCACAAUCAACACUUACCUGUCAUAAGGGCUGAAAUGGAAUGACCGUGGUCUUUAAUGUUACAGAACGAUGGAUGUAAUGAAACUAAAUGAUUU